UUACUAUUAAAUUAUAUAAUGUAAUUUCAAUCGUGGUGCUUGCCCCCCGAGUUUAGCGGCCGCCGCAUCAGGCAAGAUACGUAUACAAACCAGCCGCCACUUUCAACACCCAUAAGAAUCGCACUCCCUUUUCCUAGGUCUUCUUUCUCUUUAGUUCUCUUUCAAUAUCUUCUUAUUUGGUUAUUCAAACUUGUUUUGUAUUGUAAUCUCUUCCCAUGAUGCUUCCACAUUGAAUCUCCACUUAUAUCAGUCUUGCUGCAACUAAAAAAACCUCAAUGGCAUGGUCUAUCUCAAAUUACAAAACUCGUUUUUCAUCACUUAUUGGCAGUAAGCGCAGUUCCCAAAACUCAAAGACCACCAAUCCAAGCUCCAAUGGUAAAUCGUUCUCCAAAAGCAACCAUUUUUGGUACAAUCGGCUUGAAGAUUCUCUGAACAAAUCGGAACAGUUUCGAACCAUGGCCAAUAGUAAGCCGUCGAAAAAUGAGCUUAUCACUUUACCACUCCGCAUCUUCGCUAUCCUACUUUACUGCAUUCCAAAAUUUGCUCGCCAGCAUCCAAAAUGGACAUACCAUCACGCUGUUGGAACUUCCAUCUUUUCCAUCUGGUGGCAUUAUACUACUACUGUCGAAUUCCACACUACCAAAACUCUCAAACCUGGUAGUGAAAAAGACGGCUUUGUGAUAAUUGACCCACCAUCUAUCACCACUACUACUACCUCCCCAGCCCUGUACUGCGGUAUUAUCGACAGUAAUCCAGCUAUUCGACCUAUCCCUAUUGGUGCGGUAUGGUUCACUUCUCCUCCGCCAUUAGGCGAAACUCCAAAGAUUGUUGUUAUUCAUUUCCACGGCGGAGCAUAUGUUCUCGGUGGUGCACGGCAAAUGGAAAGUGGCUGGCGUCCCGAAGUUCUGAGUAAACGUAUAGGAUAUGUCCUACAGGUGCAAUACCGACUUGCAAUUGAACCGAACUCAUGUUUCCCUGCUGCGAUACAAGAUGGUCUUACAGCGUACAAUUAUGUAGUGAAUACACUUGGAUUAAAGCCCGAGAAUAAUGUACUAUCAGGGGAAUCCGCAGGGGGAAAUCUAGUUUUGGCAAUGCUGCGCUAUCUUUCUACAGAUGGCAAAAAUGCUCUUCCUUUUCCAAGAGCAGGGCUAUGCUGGACUCCUUGGCUGGAUAUGACAACUGAUACAAAGAGCUUGAUAAAUCCCCAAGUAUCAAAACGGAUUAUGUUUUUGGCUCACUUAUAGCAUGGGUUAAGAGAUGUUUUAUCCCUACAGAUUUAUCUCCUGGACAUCCGUAUCUCAGUCCGCUAGGGAACGAGUUCGAAUGUUCCGUCCCAAUUUUUGUACAGACGGGCACAGCAGAGGUUCGCUAUAAGGACCAUGUGCGAUUUGUCGAGAGAAUGAAGAAAAAGGGAUGCAAAAUUGAGUUAUUAGAGAUUGAGAAUGUUCUACAUGAUACCUUUGGGGCAGGAAUCAUCUUGGGGUUUGCAAAGAGGCAGAAAAUGCUGCUAAUCAAGCAGUAAAGUUUGUUCAAUAAGCCGGUCUUAGUGAAGCGGUGGAUAUAUCUUCUGCAGCCGGCAAUGCUAACAACGUGUGAAAGGUGUUAUGAGAGAUAUGUAUAUGUUCGCUUCUGCCAGCACUUGGCUUAAAUUAGUUUUAG